CAAAUUCUGCGAGAGACACAUACUUGUCAAGGUUUGCAGCAAGACUUUGGCUACAAUCACAGAGUCUAUGAAAUAACUGAGUGGAUGCAAUACUGCCCGGAUGAAAUGGUGAUCGACAGUGCCGCAGAGUGCAAAGUUGCUGCGAGGGUCAUGGGCAAGCAGUGGGGAGGAACAGUCUUCAAAAGAGGUGGGCACAAGGAUUGCAUGUAUGGGCUGCAGGACUGGAAGGUCUACUUCAACCUUGCCAAUGCCUCUGACACACCAACGAGAGCACCCUAUGGGUCAGUUUGCCGUGCGGAGAAGUGGCAGAACUAUACGAAGGCCUAUCAUCUUGUGGGAGCAGGGUUCUGUCGACCUGAAGGUUGCGACCCUGACGAAAGCAGUUGCCGGGUGAAUGGAUACUAUGGGUCUACCGUCACAAAACUUGAUUGCCGAAGGGCUUGUGAGCUGGAGGCAAACUGUAUUGGGUUUUCCUUUAUGCCAAGCAGGACUGAAUGCGCCGCGGUCAGUGGAUGCUUUGUCCACACCAACACAAGCACUGCGUCGAGCAUGCCCAAAAAGUGGGUUCCCUAUGAGAAGGACUUUUACAGCAUUGGCGGUGCAUCUGGUGAUGCCUUGGCAAUGUGCUACCGUAUUGAAACGAAGAAUCCGGCUGAGCCACGGAAAAGUGGCUGCUACUUCAAACAACCCACUUCUGGGAAUGGUCGCUGUGGCGGUCCGUUCCUGACUUGGACAGCAGACAACCAUGGUCGCAAGAAUUUGUGGUCCUGGGAGAACGAGGCCCUGUGUUUGCAGCGGAAGACUGAGCACGAUGACUACUGCGGAACUAACACGACCUGGAUGUUCGUGCCAAACCGUGCCGACCAGGCCUUACCGUCGACGGCUGCAAGCGCAGGCUGGCAAAUCUUCACCGAAUUUCGGAUUGCGCUAAAGCCCUCUGCUCUAUUCAACCAAUUCGAGGAGACACUGUCCUUCGAAGCCAAGAAUGCGUUCUGUUUGAUGUCACCAACAGCCCUGGGAGUCGGGAUGCUGUAUAUUGGCAAAUGGGAAACUAUGGACAUUGGAGCGCAGUGGAGCAACCUUUGGGUUGUGGUACCAAUCACCAACAGCGGGGCUGCGCCAAAAGAUGACCACAGUCUGGGCAGUGUGAUGGGGAUGAUGAUUCUGGAUUCCAUUCUCUAUCAGGUCUUGGCCUGGUAUGUAGAGAAGGUCCGUCCUGGCACACUUGGCUUGCCACAACCGUGGUAUUUUCCGUUGUUGCCGUCAUACUGGUGGCCAGAGAAGGUGCAUGGGGGAAGGCCCAGAGGAAAUGCCCAAGGGGUUUGA